UUCCCGAGGGCCUGCCCCGCGCGUGCGCACUGCGGUUCUGCGCUUGUCAUCAUGGCGACGCGGGGCCAUGUGCAGGACCCUAACGACAGGCGCCUCCGGCCCAUUUACGAUUAUCUUGAUAAUGGUAAUAAUAAAAUGGCAAUUCAGCAAGCAGAUAAAUUGUUGAAGAAACAUAAGGAUCUUCAUUGUGCUAAGGUUUUAAAGGCAAUUGGUUUACAGAGAACUGGAAAGCAAGAGGAAGCCUUCAUGUUAGCACAGGAGGUGGCGGCCCUUGAACCGACAGAUGACAACUCGCUACAGGCACUGACUAUUCUUUACCGGGAGAUGCACCGACCGGAGUUAGUUACAAAACUUUAUGAGGCAGCUGUGAAGAAAGUUCCCAAUAGUGAGGAGUAUCACUCUCACCUCUUCAUGGCUUAUGCCAGAGUGGGCGAAUAUAAGAAAAUGCAACAGGCUGGCAUGGCUCUAUAUAAGAUUGUCCCCAAAAACCCUUACUACUUUUGGUCUGUGAUGAGCUUAAUUAUGCAAUCUAUAUCGGCACAGGAUGAAAACCUCUCAAAAACGAUGUUUCUGCCCCUCGCUGAAAGAAUGGUAGAAAAAAUGGUGAAAGAGGACAAGAUAGAAGCCGAGGCUGAAGUUGAACUUUAUUAUAUGAUCUUGGAACGUUUGGGAAAGUACCAGGAAGCCUUGGAUGUUAUCAGAGGAAAAUUAGGAGAGAAGUUGACGAGUGAGAUUCAAAGUCGGGAAAAUAAAUGCAUGGCUAUGUAUAAGAAGCUGAGCAGGUGGCCAGAGUGCAAUGCCCUUUCCAGGCGCCUCUUAUUGAAAAACUCAGAUGACUGGCAGUUCUAUCUGACUUAUUUCGAUUCUGUCUUUCGACUGAUUGAAGAUGCCUGGACUCCUCCUGCUGAAGGUGAACACUCUUUAGAAGGAGAAGUGCAUUAUUCUGCAGAAGAAGCUGUGAAGUUUAUAGAAGAUCGGAUAACAGAAGAAUCUAAAAGUUCCCGCCAUCUCCGAGGACCACAUCUUGCUAAACUGGAACUGAUUAGACGUUUAAGAUGUCAAGGUUUUAAUGAUGAGUACAAACUGGGUGAUCCAGAAGAAUUAAUGUUCCAGUAUUUCAAAAAGUUUGGGGAUAAACCUUGUUGUUUUACAGACCUCAAGGUGUUUGUUGACCUCUUGCCUGCUACACAGUGUACAAAAUUUAUUAAUCAGUUACUUGGAGUUGUUCCUUUGUCGACACCAACUGAGGAUAAGCUGGCAUUGCCCGCGGACAUCAGAGCUCUGCAGCAGCAUCUGUGUGUGGUGCAGCUGACGAGGUUGCUCGGCUUGUACCACACUAUGGAUAAAAGUCAGAAACUGAAUGUGGUCAGAGAACUCAUGUUAAGGUACCAGCAUGGACUAGAAUUUGGGAAAUCCUGUUUGAAAACCGAAUUGCAGUUUUCAGACUAUUACUGUCUCCUUGCUGUCCAUGUGCUUAUUGAUAUAUGGAGAGAAACAGGUGACCAGACUGCUGUGUGGCAGGCCCUGACUUUGCUGGAAGAGGGAUUAACCCACAGCCCUUCCAAUGCUCAAUUCAAAUUGCUGCUUGUUCGAAUCUACUGUGUGCUGGGGGCAUUUGAACCAGUGGUGGAUCUGUAUUCCAGCCUCGAUGCUAAGCAUAUCCAGCAUGACACCAUUGGCUAUCUUUUGACCCGAUACGCCGAAUCCCUAGGUCAGUAUGCUGCUGCAUCCCAAUCCUGUAACUUCGCACUCAGGUUUUUCCACUCCAACCAGAAAGAUACCUCAGAAUAUAUUAUUCAAGCUUACAAAUAUGGUGCAUUUGAGAAGAUCCCAGAGUUUAUCGCUUUUAGGAACAGGCUGAAUAAUUCUCUUCAUUUUGCACAAGUCCGUACUGAACGGAUGUUAUUAGACCUUCUACUUGAAGCAAAUAUAUCAACCAGUUUAGCAGAAAGUAUAAAGUCAAUGAAUCUUCGGCCAGAAGAAGAUGACAUUCCAUGGGAAGGCUUGCGAGACAACAGAGACUUAAAUGUUUUCUUUAGCUGGGAUCCAAAAGACAGGGAUGUUUCUGAAGAACAUAAGAAACUUUCCUUGGAGGAGGAGACCAUGUGGUUAAGAAUCCGUUCCUUAACAUUGAGGCUGAUCAGUGGACUUCCAAGUCUAAACCACCCCGUGGAGCCAAGGAACUCGGAAAAGACCACUGAGAAUGGUGUGUCCUCCCGGAUUGAUAUUCUUCGUUUACUCCUUCAACAGCUGGAGGUGGCCAUGGAGACGGGAAAGCGAUUUAUUGAGAAGGAAGUUCAGUAUCCUUUCCUUGGUCCUGUACCUACCAGAAUGGCUGGAUUCUUUAGUUCUGGCUGUUCUCAGUGUCAGACCAGUGCUUUUUAUCUUGUUAGUGAUAUUUAUGAGCUGGACACCAGUGGUUUAGAGGAUACAGUGGAGAUCCAGGAUCGAGUAGAGAAUAGUCUUAAGUCUUUACUAGAACAAUUAAAAGAUGUCUUCAGUAGAUGUAAAGGUGACCUCUUAGAAGUUAAAGAUGGUAACUUGAAAACACGCCCUGCUCUUUUAGAGAACCUAGUCUUCUUUGUUGAGACUAUUUCUAUUAUCCUUUGGGUGUCCAGUUACUGUGAGAGUGUCCUACGACCAUACAAAUUAAAUUUACAGAAAAAGAAAAAGAAGAAAAAAGAAACCAGCAUCAUCAUGCCACCUGUCUUCACCAGUUUCCAAGACUAUGUUACUGGGCUUCAGACUUUAAUUUCCAACGUCGUGGAUCAUAUUAAAGGGCUUGAAACACAUCUAAUUGCACUUAAACUUGAAGAACUUAUUUUAGAAGAUACUUCUCUCUCACUGGAAGAGAGAAAAUUUUCAAAGACUGUGCAAGGGAAGGUGCAGAGCAGUUAUCUACACUCACUUCUGGAAAUUGGAGAGCUGCUGAAAAAAAGACUGGAGACCACAAAGAAACUAAAAAUUUAAGGAGGCGUGAACCACAGGCACCAAUGACUCUAUAGCAGAAAAUGACAUCAUCUUCCCAGGCAAAAGCUACAUCUGGUUGACCAUCAUUUUAAUCCAGAACUUCCUCAUAAAAUGCAUGAAGGACUUUGAUUGUGAAUUAAUUUUUUAGGUAUUAAAUGUAUACAACUGAUUAAAUUAUUGUAUAUAAAGCAGAAGCAGGACCCUCAUCUGGGUUUGACCACUUUUUAUACAUGUUCAUAUGCAUAUGGCAGCCACAAGAGAGCCCCACUUUUCUUCUUUCCUCCCAUCACC